UCCGACACAGAGCAUUGACGAUUUGCCUCAGCCGUAUUAUCACAAUUUCAGCACGAAGGCAAGGGACUUCUCACAGGGUGCUGACGUUCGCGAAGGAGGGAAUUACUUUGGCCCUCCUCAGGCCAAGCACGCGGUAUCAUUCUCGCACAAUCAUGGCUCUGUAAAGCAUUGCUGGGCCCUUGUCAGAACUGGCGGGAGGGGCGCCCUGCUUUAGGACAAAUCUCGCUCGCGGCGGAGGACCGGGGCAGCCGACAACAAGAUGAGAGUUGUUGCUCUGAUAUCCGGUGGAAAGGACUCAUGCUACUCUAUGCAACUAUGCAAACAGCAUGGCCAUGACGUCGUCGCGCUCGCCAACCUGCUGCCGGAGGAAUCGGCGCCAGAUGAACUGGACUCAUUUUGCUUUCAGACGGUGGGCCACCAGCUGGUGGGCGCCUACUCGGCCUGCAUGGGCCUGCCGCUGUUCCGCAAGCGCAUCUCCGGCACCUCCGCUGUACAGGACCUGGGCUACACCCCCACCGACGGCGACGAGGUGGAGGACCUGUACCAGCUGCUGGCGUACGUCAAGGAGAGCGUGCCGGGCGUGCAGGCGGUGGCCAGCGGCGCCAUUGCCUCCGACUACCAGCGGUUGCGGGUGGAGAACGUGUGCAGCCGCCUCAACCUGGUGUCGCUGGCCUACCUGUGGCACCAGCCGCAGCGCCUGCUCAUGCGGGGUAUGGUGGAGAGCGGGAUGGAAGCCAUCCUGGUUAAGGUGGCCUGCCUAGGCCUCAGCCCGCGUAAGCACCUGGGCCGCACCAUAGCGGCGCUGGAGCCGCACCUGCUGGCGCUGGCGGACGCCUACGGCUGCAACGUGUGCGGCGAGGGCGGCGAGUACGAGACGCUCACGCUGGACUGCGCCGUGUUCGGGCGCGGCCGCAUCGUGCUGGACGAGUUCGAGAUCGAGUACGGCAGCAGUGACGUGGGCCACCUGGUGCCCAAGUCCUACCGCGUGGAGCCCAAGCCCGGCAGCGGCUGGGAGGGCGCCGAGCUGGCCAGCGACGUGCGCAUGGUGCCGCACGACUACGUGGCGGGGGCGGGGCAGCGCCUGGGGCGGCGCAGCCUCACGCUCAUCCCCCUGGAGGUCUGCGCCGGCGGCGCAGGCGCGGGCGCGGGGCUGGGCGCGGGGCUGGGCGCGGGGCUGGGCGCGGGGGCUGCGGCUGCGAAGGAGGGCCGGGAGGCGGGUGAGAGGGACAAGGAGCUGCAGCGCGAGAAGCUGCAGCAGCACCGCGACUCGCAGCGCGAGGCGGCGCUGCGGGAGGGCAUCAUGCAGCACGACGGCCGCGACGGCCGCGACCCGCACCACCACACCGAGCAGCCGCCACACCAGCAGCACCAGCAACCGCACCAGCAGCAGACGCAGCAGACGCAGCAUCAGCAUCACCAGCACCACCAGCAGCAGCAGCCGGCGCACGACUCGCCCGGCCACGGCACCGCCCCCGCCGGCGCACCCUCCGCGCCCGCCGCCCUCGGCGCCAUCGCCGCCGCCGCCACGCCCGCCUCCCCACGCACCCACGGCACCUCUCCACACCACGUGUCCCACACCGGCCCCGCCGCCAUCGCCGCGGCGGCGGCGGUAGCCGCCGCCGCCGCCGCCGCCAGUCCUUCCGGCUCUCUAUCCGGCGCCAGCUCUCUCGACGCCGCCCUUCAGCCGGUGGCGCCGCCGACGUUUGGCGUGCAGGUGUCUCUGUGCAGCGGGCCCGACUACGUGCAGCUGGUGUGUCGGGCGGUGCGCACGCGCUCGGCGCUGCCGUCCGACGUGACGGAGUGCGACACGGUGGCGGCGCUGAAUGCGCUGCUGGUGGCGGUGCAGCAGGAGCUGGCCGCUCUUCACAUGGACCUGCACCACUGCCUGUUCGUGCACCUGUUCCUGGCCAACAUGGGCCACUUCCAGGCAGCCAAUGGAGUCUACUGCAAGCACUUCCCCGGGCGCGACCCGCCCUCUCGCGCCUGCGUGCAGAUCUGCCUGCCGCACGACUGCCCCGUCAUGAUCGACUUCCUGCUCGCGCGCGGCGGCGCGCCGCCCGCGCUGCCGCCCGGCGGCGGCGCCGCCGCCUCCGGCCGCAGCCCGUUGUCGCCUGUGGCGCGCCACACGCGGCGUGUGCUGCACGUGCAGUCCAUCAGCAGCUGGGCGCCGUCCUGCAUCGGGCCCUACAGCCAGGCCACCAGCUACCGCGGCCUGGUGUACCUGGCGGGUGUGAUCCCGCUGGACCCACCCGCCAUGACGCUGGUGCCGGGCGACAUCACGGCGCAGGUCCUGCGCGCCAUGACCUCGUGCGAGGCGGUGGCGGUGGCGCAGCGCACCACAGUGGUCGGCGCCGCCCUGGGCCUCACAGUCUACCUGGCGUCCGGAGGCGUAGGAGCCGGCAGCAGCAGCAGCAGUAGCAGUGGCAGCAGCAGCGCGGCGGGGUGCGGCGGCGCCGGCGGAGCUGGGCCUGUGGAGCGCAGCGGCGGGAGCGGGAGUGGGAGCGGUGGCGGCAGCGGGGCGGAGCUGCGCGCGCUGGCACGGGCGGCGGUGGAGGCGCUGCUCGAGCAUGGCCUGCCCGGCUACGCGGCGGCGCCCAGCACCUCCGGCCGCACCACCACCGGCGGCAUGAUGUACGGCGGCGGCGUGAUGUACGGCGGCGGCGGCGGUGGCGGGGUGCCGUACAGCCGCUACAGCCGCAGCAGCAGCAACUUCGACACCGGGAGCGUGGGGUCGGGCACGCCGCGCGGGGGCAACCAGCAGCAGCAGCCGCAAGCAGCCCCCACCACGCCACAAUCCGCACGGCAGCUGCCCACACCUACCCAGCCCCACCACCUGCCCCAGCAGCAGCAGCAGCAACAGCAACAGCCGCUGCCGCUGCCGCUGCCGCUGCACUUUGCCAGCAAGCGGCACCUGCACCCCCACCCCCACCCCACCCUGCACCUGGCACACCUGGAGCCUCUCCACCACCCCGACCUCCACCCCGACCUCCACCUGCACUACCUCCACCUGCACUCGCCGGCGUCGCCGCUGGCCUCGCCCCGCUCCCCCGGGCCGCACCCGCCGCCGCCCAGCCCGCCGCAGUCCGGCUGCUGCGGGCCGCCGCCGUCGUCCACCGCACCUGCCGCGACCGGCAGCGGCGGCGGCGGCGGCGUGGGGCCGGCGGCUCAUCCUAGCCACAACCCACACAGGGGCCCUCAGCAGCAACCAGACACAGACCAGCAGCAGCAGCUACCAGGCACAGACCAGCAGCAGCAGCAGCGCACGGGGCUGCUCGGGGGGCGCGCGAGCCACCCCGGCGGCAGCCACCACCACCAGCAGCAGCAGCAGCAGCUGCCGCCAGCUCACGUGCACGACAGCAGCCCGCACGCCGUGGGACACGGACACGCACACGCACAGGACGGACACGCAGCCCGGCCCGCCCUGCCAUUGCGCAACGACAUCUCCCGCCACCGCGCCAACCACCAGCCGCACCGCACAGCCAACAUGGACGCUGGCGGCUUCAUGGCAAACGCGUCCGCCGGCUUCUUCGGCGGCGGCGGCGCUUCCAACGGCGGCCUUGCGGCCCUGGGCGGUCUGUCGGCGCCCGGCAGCCGCCGCGGCCCCAUCAUGCUAGGAGCCGACGCGCCUGACGAGGAAGAGGAGGAGGAGGCCGCGGCGGAGGCGGCCGCCGCCGGGGGCGGCGGAGGCGGCUCGCACACGCCUCCGCAACGGUCCGCGACGGUGAACGGCCUGGUGGCGCCGCCGCAGCAGAACCAGGCGGUGGUGCUGGACCCCUACCUGCAGCCGCCCGAGGUCCGGUCCAGCAUGCGGCCCAGUGUGCUGUACGUGACGGUGCCGUCCCUGCCGCGCGGCAGCCUGGUGGAGAUCGAGCCGGUGUGCCUGGACGUGGACGCGCUGGCGGUCAUACGCCGCCUGGCCAGCCACGAGAGCCUGGUCAAGGCCGCGCGCCGCAUCAACAGCCAAGCCGACUCACUCCACGCGCACGGCAGCAGCGCCGGCCUGCACGGCCACCACGCCCAACACCCCAUGCCGCACUCCUUCUCCGGCGGCUCCGGCAGCGCCGGCGGCGCGCCGCCCGCCGCCGCCGCCGCCGCCGCCGCGUCCUCGUCUGCGGGCGGCGCCCCCGGCGGCGGCCCCGCCGGCGGCGUGGCCCACAGCGCCCCCGGCCCGCCCGCCGCCGCCUCCUGGUCCGACCUGCCGCCCACGCCGCGCGGCUCCAUGGAGAGCGCCGCCAGCGCCGGCCUGCGCGCCCACUCGGAGUCCUGCUCCGGCGGCUCAGGCCAGCUCGGCCACGCCGGCUCCGGCGCAGCCGGCGCCGCUGCGAGCGGUGGCGGCGCAGCCGCUGCCGCCGCCGGCACGGCAGCGCCUUCGCAGCCGCCGCCGCCAGCUGCUGCCGCCGGCGCCGGCGCCGCCGCUAACCACCAUGUUAGCAGCGGCAUGGGCGGCGGUGGGCACGGUCACGGCCCGUUGUCGUGGCAGGUGAGCAGCGACGCGCUGGCGGCGGCGGUGGCCCACCUGCCGCCGGGGGCCCGCGGCCACGUGGCGGCGGCGCCGCUGCCCAGCCAUGUGCUCAGCGCCGCCGGCUUCAUGAGCCCCGACGUGGGCAGCCUGGCCGGCACGCCGCUGGCCGGCAACUCCAUGCUGCACAGGCAGCGCAGCUCCGGACUGGGGCUGCUGCCGCCCGGCCGCCACGACAGCGGCCGGCAGGAGCAGCAGCAGCAGCAGCUGCCGCAGCUGCCGGGCCUGGCGGCGGCGGCUGCCGCCGCCGUGGCGGCGGACGCCGGCCGUGACGCCGCCGCGCCACCGCGGCGCGGCCAAGCGGCGGGGGCGCCGCCGCCACCGUCGGCGCAGUCGUCCAGCAACGCGCUGAUGUCGCCGAUGUUCGCGCACCUGCUGCAGCAGCAGCCGGUGCCGUGGGCGGAGGCGGCCGGCGGUGGCGGCGGGAGCGGCGGUGACACCAUGAUCGACGACAGCAGUGCCGAAAAGCUGCCGGAGCGGAUGCAGCCGAUGCUGCAGCCGGCGCCGGCGUCGGCGCCCGUGGUGCUAUCGCAGUCGCAUUCGCGCCGCAGCGGUGGCAGCAGCGGCGCCGGGCCGCUGGCCCCCAGCGGCGGCAGCAGCAGUGGCGGCAUGGGGCUUCGUGAGAUGCUGUCGGCGGCGGCCGCCGCCGCCGGCGUGGGCCCCGGCGGCCGCGUGAGCUACAGCGGCAGCAGCGGCAGCGGCGGCGCCAUGGCGGCUGUGGCGGCGGCAGCCGCCGCCGCCAACCCGUACCAGCGCUGCAGCCUUGACGGCAACAUCCUGUCCUUCGAGGUGUCCAGCGGCGCCCGCGGCAGCUCCUACGGCCUCGUGGCUGGCUCGCCGCUGCCCGCGCCCCUGCCGCUGGCGCACCCGGCGGCGGCGGCGGCGGCGGCGGCGGGGCUCGGCAGCGGCGGCGGCGGUGGCGGCGCCCUGGCCCACUUCAACGGGCCGCUGGGCCGGCCGCGGCCAGCCGCCAUCACGGUACCGCCCGCCGCAAUGGCCGCACAAGUGGCGCUGGCGCCCGCGGGCGCCCUCUCCGCGGCGCAGCUCAGCGCCAGCACCAGCGCCGGCGCCAGCCUCAGCCCUUUUGAGGGCGGAGGUGGCAAUGCCGCCGCCGCUGCGGCCACUGCGGCCGCCGCCGCCGCCUCGGCGGCGCUUGACCCGUCAUGCGUGCCCCCGAUGCGCGUGCCCGCGGUCUCGGUGUCGGCAGCGCCGCCGGCGGCGCCACUGUCGCCCUACGGCCGCAGCACCACGCCCCCGCCCAGCAGCACCACCGCCCACACAGCCAGCGCGCUGACGCCCACGCCUCACGCGCAGGCGCAGGCGCAUGCGCACGGGCAGCCCGCAAGCCAGCCGCACCCGCUGCCGCCCGCGACGCCCAGUGCCGUCAGCGCGCUGCCGCCCACGUUUGGCAGCAGCAGCGCCGCCGCCACGCCCAGCGCGCCUGCCGCCGCUGCCGCUGCCGCCGCUGCCAACAGUAACAACAACAACAGCAGCAGUGACGUUAUGGUCACGACGGUGUGCUGCUACGGCCACGUCCUGCGGUCGCUGUUCCACCUGCCGCCCGCCGUCUUCGCGCCAGGCGUCACCACGGCGCAGCUCACGCGCCGCUUCCGCCGCGCCGUCGCCUCCGUGCUGGCGGCGCACGGCAUGGACAUGUCGUGCCUGAUCUGGGUGCGGGUGUGGUACGAGAAGGACGCCGUACAGCUGCAGGACGAUGAGUACGGCUACUGCCUCCCGGCGCAGCCGCCGCCGGCGCCCGCCGCCGGGUCCGUGCUGCACGCCCGCAGCGAUGACGUGGACGCCAGUGGCGGUGGCGGCGGCGCCAGCAGCGGCCCGGACCAUGGCGGCGGCAGCAGUGGCGAGGACGGCGGCAGCGGCACUGAGCGGCGGCGCGACGCCAGCGGCGGCAUGGCCGCCGUCGCCGCGGCGGCGCUGUCACAGGGCAGGGCGGUGGUGCCGCCGCCGUCCGCCGCGGCGCGCCAGGCGGCGGCGGCGAUUGAGGCGAUGAACCUGGCCUCGCCGUCGCACCCGCCCGCAGACGGCACUGGCGGCAGCGCCGGAAACGGAGACGGUGACGAGUCGUGUACCCGCAACCCGCUGCCGCUGCCGCUGCCGACGGCGGAGCAGCCGGUGUCGCCGCUGCCAAGCUCCCUGGCGGCGGCGGCGGCUGGCGGCGUGCAGACGCAGGUGCAGGGGCUGCUGCAGUCGCAGCUGCUCAGCCCGCACCCCACGCACGUCACGGACUCCGCCGCUGCCGCCGACGGCCUGCCUGCUCCUGGGGCGGGCACGGCCAGCAACGGCGGCUCGCCGGCACGCACGCCCACGCCCGGGAAAGGCGAGCACCGCGACCACGGCCACAGCCACAACGGCCACACAACGAGUAGCAGCGGCAGCGGCGGCGGCGGCCACCCCGGCCACGGCGGCGCCGGCUCUGGAAUGGGGCACAGCCAUGGCACGCACGGCCACGGCCACAGCGCCCACCACACGCACGGCGAGCACCACGGGCACGGCCACGCCCACGGCAACAGCGGCGGGCACCAGCACCACCACUCCCGCCACCACCACCACCGCCACUCGCAAGCGCAGAGCCAUUUCCACGUGGCCUGGGUGCCUGUGCAGCGCGUGUCCACCAACGCGCCGCAGCCGCCGCAGGUGGUGGCGGUGCUGGAGCUGCUGGCGGCGCUGCCGUCGCCCUAAGAGGUACCGGUGCUUGCCUAGCCUUGAGUGACAGCGAUGGAGGGCUGGAGGGCUAGGGGUCGGCAGGGGCGGACAUGCGGGCCUUGCCCAACUGGGUCGGGUCGCUCGGGUCGCUCGGGUCGGUCGCGCUGGUGCGGUGGCGUUUCGGCUGGGUUCGAGCUGUGGGGAGGGGGGAGGCGGCUGGGGAGGUGGCGCGUCCAAGGGCGCGGGACGGUGGCCAAGACAGAGUGGUCACGGGUCAGUUACCUGAUGAAUUUGUUGCGAGCAGUCGACGCGAGGCCACAAGACCGGGCAACAAUGUCAAUGAUUGCAAUGCCUGGGUGUGGCCGGUAGGGGCAUGGGGGUGGGUGUAGGGACGACCCGGGAUGUGCGGCGCGCACGUGUGAAGGCGUAUCACGUGCCGUGCCUAAAUUCUGCGCUUGCGUGUGACGUGCCUGCGUGCCGGUCGCGCGUUUUGGGGGGCUGGCUACCGCCGACUAACUCGACGCGCAGCGGCGUGUUAUAGUAUAGGGUAUGCGCCCACGGUAUGCGCCCCGGCUUAUUUUAAGUUUUGUUUUGGCAGUUGCAUAACAGAUAUUCGCCCACGCUUUGUGGCCCGGGAUCCUAUGUGUACGUGCGCGUGUGCUGGCAACAUGCUUGCCGUAGUGCCCUUUAUAGGAAUAAAGUUACAGCCCCGGUUUAAGGGGAGGCGCGGCAAGCUUGGCCGCUCGUGUGGCAGUCCGCGCCAGUCGAUCUGGGCGGCACGUGUGGGCAUCCGCCGGGAUCCUGUUCUCGCAGUUUGUUUAUGACUAGGUGCAUUGGGUGGGGGGAAGCGAACCGUAACCUCACACGUGCGCAUGCAACGCUGCGACACGCCUAGUGCUAAGCUUGCUGCCACGACGCAUGCCGGUGCUCACGGCGGCAUCGACAUGCGACGUCGCGGAUGCUGAGAGCACUUCAGUGUUUUUGGGUGACGCACGGCACCGGGUCGCCUCGAACGGCUUGUCGUGGCGCUGUUGCGUCUUGGAUUGAGCGUGGGCGUGUCGGCUACUGAGGAACGCGACUAGCCAUGUACUGUCAUUGCGGCAAGUGUGGAAGGAGGCUUGCUAGGGGUUUAGGUGGCGAGGGUGGUUCACAUAAUCCAAUCCAUUCUUUUAAUGUUUUGCGUUUCUGGAAGCGAUGCGGGCUUGGUUGUGCCAAAUAAGCUUGGACCGUGGUUCUGGGUACGUGCAUGCGGUCACGUGAGGGCGUGACGGCUACAGCUUCGAUGUGGAGAUUCCGGUCUGGGCUCAAAUGAACCAAGAUCCGACGGGGGGGCUGCGGAGCAAACGUGCGCAAGGGACCGGCAACAAAGGAGGCCUGCCGACUAUGAUGCAUGUACAAUGGAGGGCUGCUUCUGGUCAGGGUGCAACGGACUGGAUAGGAGAUGGGCGAAGGCGUCGCCUUCGCGGGGAGAUGGAGGAGUUUAAUGGCGGACAGCUGCGAGCUUAAUUGCAGUUGUUGAUGGCACAGAAGAUUGAUCAAUAUCGUUGGUAUGGCGCAAGCCGUGCGUUUAGUAUGGCAGGGGUGUGGCACGCGGCAAGGAGUGAGCGGGCGCGGUGUGUUGUGUGUUGACGCGCGGGCGUAGCUACAACACGCUGUAAGCUCGACAGGGGGCGACGGAGGUGGCUACACACGGCGCGCACGUCCUGGUGCAGCUGCAUUUGUAAGCUUGUUGGAGACAAAGAUGGACAGCCAAAUUGACAACCUGGAGCAGGCCAUGCCUGGCAAGCUAGAAGUCCUAAAGGUGGGCUGGGUCUGUGGCACGCACGGAUUGUGUCACAGGCGGCUCACUUAUCACCUGUCUCGGCGAGGCACAGAAUGUGCGGGUCCCGGGCUGGCGUGGCGGCCCACUGUGGCGGAGCGUCAACGUGGUGGUGCGGCGGUCCUGCGCGUCGGCGUUUGGGCUGCUCGCCAGGCUGCUCCGCGGGCCGGCCCGCGGCCCAGCUACCAGUGCCCGCGCUCCCAACCCCAUUUGUGUUUAACCCUGCGACCCG